AUGUGCUGCUGCCGCGUAAGAUCCGCCGGUUGCCCUCCCUUGUUCCCGUCGCUCUCCCUUCCCGUCGCGCUCCCUUCCCGUCGCCCCGUGGGCGCCCCUCUGCCUCCCUUCCCGUCGCCUUCCCUUCCCGUCGCCUACCCUUCCCGUCGCCCGAGCUUCUGUUCCGUCGCCGUCCGUUCGUCUCGUCGCCCUCCCUUCCGCUCGUCCGAUCCUCUCCCCGUCAAUUCUCUCUCCGUCGCCCUCGCUUUCCCCGUCAAUUCUCUCUCCUUCGCCCUUGCUUUCCCCGUCAAUUCUCUCUCCGUCGCCCUUGCUUUCCCCGUCAAUUCUCUCCCCGUUGCCCUCGCUUUCCCCGUCGCCCUCGCUUUCCCCGUCGCCCUGCCAUCCACUGCUCGUCGACCUCGCCUUCCCUCCCGCCUCCCUUCCCACCUCGCACACGUGUCACCCUACGUUUUCUCCCCCUACUCCCUCUUAUCCCUCCUGCAAAUAAUCGCCUUCCUUCCCCCCCCUUCCCUGCUUUUUCCCAUCCCCUUCCCUGCUUUCCCGCAUCCCGUGCCCUACUUUCCCCCCUUCCCUGCCCUGCUUCCCCCCAUCCCCUUCCCUGCUUCCCCAUUCGCAGUGAAAUUUGAUUCCGACUUGCAUGAAGCAAGGUGGCCAGCAGCGCCGUGCUUUCCAAUUUCCGUGCUAGUGCGCACCUCCCCACCAUCGCAGCGCGAUCUCAACUUCUUGAAUGCAAUGUGCUGCUGCCGCGCGCGCGCCCUGCUAGCAUGCCAUCGGUCGCCGCGCUUCCGUGGCACCUCUGUGGCGCGCACAUCGCCCUGUGACGCUGGCUACUACACCGCACAUCACCGUCAGCUGCUAUCCAUUGAUGGGUCUCCUCGCCCGCCACCCCACUUUGCUCUCCCGUCUGCUGCCACUUCUGCCAGACAGAGACUAUUCCCCCUCUGCUUCCCCCCUUCCCCUCCACAGUCUAGUGCACAUGGUGGGGGCAUGACAGGUGCUGAAUCUCGCAUCCCUCCUGCUGCUCCCUCCUCUUUGUCCUCCAGCAAUCUCGUGGAACACACUCCAACCCCCUGGCACCCGUCGCACACUCCUCCGUGUACUACCCACUACGCCUCAGAUCUCAGCAGCAUCUCAUCCGCCAUCUACUUGGUGUUAGUCCACGCACAUGUCGCACAUGUCCUCUUCAACAUCAAUUCAUCUCCUCGCAGCCUUCGCACACUACUCCGUGUACUACUCCUUGCACCUCAUAUUGCAGCAGCAUCUCUUCCCAUGGCAGGUGCUGAGUUGGAGGGGAUGCAGGCGAAGACGGAGGUGGAGGUGUACCUGCUGCUGCUGGACGACCAGCUCGACGCCCUCGAGAGCUUCCCCGAGCUGCUCACCGCCAUGCGCACCGCGCUGGGCUGCCGUUGGCGCCCGACGAGUACCUGGCGCGGCGGCGCAUCAUCUCGUCGCCCCGGAGCUUCUAGGGGCUAA